CGCAGCGCGGGCUCCAAGAUGGCGGCGGCGGCGGCGGGGCCCGAGUCCGGCGGCAGCAGCGGCAGCAGCGGCGGCCUCGGCGGAUCCAACACCUUCAAAAAAUCCCUCACUCCCGAGAUGCCGGGAGGAUCCCAAACCAUCCGGAAAGGCCACAGAGGAGUGGAUUCCACGGGGGAAACCACCUACAAAAAGACCACGUCGUCGGCGCUGAAGGGCGCGAUCCAGCUGGGCAUCACGCACACCGUGGGCAGCCUCAGCACCAAGCCCGAGCGCGACGUGCUCAUGCAGGACUUCUACGUCGUCGAGAGCAUCUUCUUCCCCAGCGAGGGCAGCAACCUGACCCCAGCCCACCACUACAACGAUUUCCGCUUCAAGACCUACGCGCCCGUGGCCUUCCGCUACUUCCGGGAGCUCUUCGGGAUCCGCCCGGAUGAUUACCUGUAUUCCCUGUGCAACGAUCCCCUGAUCGAGCUCUCCAACUCGGGCGCCAGCGGCUCGCUCUUCUACGUCUCCAGCGACGACGAGUUCAUCAUCAAAACCGUGCAGCACAAGGAGGCCGAGUUCCUGCAGAAGCUCCUGCCCGGAUAUUACAUGAACCUGAACCAAAACCCCCGGACCCUCCUUCCCAAAUUUUACGGUCUGUACUGCGUGCAGGCCGGGGGGAAGAACAUCCGGAUCGUGGUGAUGAACAACCUCCUGCCCCGCUCGGUGCGGAUGCACCUCAAGUACGACCUCAAGGGCUCCACCUACAAACGCCGCGCCUCACAAAAAGAGCGGGAAAAGGUUUUCCCGACUUUCAAGGACUUGGAUUUCAUGCAGGAUAUUCCCGACGGGCUUUUCCUGGAUUCGGAUAUGUACAACGCCCUGUGUAAGACGCUGCAGAGGGAUUGCUUGGUUCUCCAGAGUUUCAAGAUCAUGGAUUACAGCCUGCUGGUGGCCAUCCACAACCUGGACCAGGCGCAGCGCGAGCGCGCGGCCGGCGCCGCCUGCGGGGACGGGCCCGGCCGGCCGGCGGCACAGAGAGCGCUCUACUCCACCGCCAUGGAAUCCAUCCAGGGAGAGGCUCCACGCGGAGGAACCUUCGACACCGACGACCAGAUGGGCGGAAUUCCCGCCCGGAAUUCCCGGGGCGAGCGGCUGCUGCUCUACAUCGGCAUCAUCGACAUCCUGCAGUCCUACCGGUUCGUGAAGAAGCUCGAGCACUCCUGGAAGGCGCUGGUGCACGAUGGGGACACGGUGUCCGUGCACCGGCCCAGCUUCUACGCCGAGCGCUUCCAGCGCUUCAUGUGCCACACGGUGUUCCGCAAAAUCCCACUGAAAGCCUCCCCCUCCAAGAAGAGCCGGAGCGGCGGCGCCGUCCCCAGGAGGAGCUGCCAGGGGGGGAUCCCGAUGAUCCCGACACAAAUCCCGGGAUCCGGAGAGCCCAGAGCACAGCCGGGAUCCGAGGGGGACCCGGAGCAAGUUUCCCGGCCGGACGUUCUCCCGCGCUCUCUCCGGGCUCUGGCUCUGCCGUCGCCGUCCCCGUCCCUGUCCAGCCCCUCCCUCGGCAGCGCCGGCGCCGCCUCCCCCCCCAGCAGGUCCGUGGGGGUGGAGAUUCACCCGGGGCCCGGAGCAGCUCCCGGAGUUUCCAGCCCUUCCCUGCCCCUGGAGCUGGAGGAGCUGCAGGAGACCGAGAUCAGCUUUUGAAUCCCAAAAAAAAUUCCCUCGGAAUUCCUCCUUUUCCCACCGAUCCUGGGAGCUGGAAAACCGGGAAUGUCGAAGAUUCCCCCCCUUGGAAUUCCCGGAGCCGCCGGAUUCCUUGGAAAACCGAGGAGGAAGAGGACGAAAACCUCGGGAAAAGGGACUUGAAAUUCCCAGGAAUUCCCAAAUUUUGGGAUUUAAAUCCAACCAAAAACAACGGGAAAAAAUUCCUGGAAAAUUCCCAGCGGGAAUCGGAGCCCGAAAUUUUUUUUUUUGGGAAUUUUUUCCAUAGAAUUUUUGGGAUUUUUUGGGAAUUUUGGAUUUUUUUUUUAUUUUUUUUGGGAAUUUCUUAUGGAUCCAAUCCUGGUUUUUUUUAAUCCUGUGGGAAUUUUAUUCACACCCAGGGAUCUGCUCCGGGUUUUCCAUGGAAAAAAAAUCCCCUGGAAAAACGGGAUUAAAAAAAAAAAAGGAGGAAAAAUCAUGGAAAAACUCCUGGCUCCUCCCUUUUCCCAGCAGGAAUUUUGGGAAUUUUUCCCACAAAUCAGGGAAGAUUUUUUUGGGGAAUUUUUUGUAGGAUUUGUUUGGGAAUUUUUGGGAUUUUAUUUUUUAAUUUUUGGGGGAUUUUUUGGGGAUUUUUGGGAUUUUUUGAGGAUUUUUUUUGGAAUUUUUUUGGAUUUUUCUGGGAUUUUUUGGGAUCUUUGGAAUCCUGGGAUUUCCCCCCUCGUUUUUUAUGGAUUUCCCUCCCAAAUCCCAAAUUUUCCAAUCCCUAAAUCCCAUUUUUUUUUUACCACCUCUGACAUUCCCCCAAAAUCCCAGGCUGGGAAAAAUUUCCCACUUGGAUCCAUCCCAAAAUUCCCAAAAAAAUCCAAAAAAAAUCAAAAAAAAAAUCAAAAAAAAAUCCCAAAAAUUCCCAAAAAUCCCCAAAAAACCCGGGAGCAACCCCUGCACCUGGAGCCUCUUUUUUUUCCCCCUCAAUCCCAGAUUUUUUAAUGGAAAAAACGACUUUUCCCUAAAAUUCCCGCUUGGAAAAUCCCAUUUUUUUAUAAAAAAACCCCGGAAUUUCGAGCUUUUUACGCUGAAAAAAUCCUGGAAUGUAGAGCAGGACGGGAAUUUUUCCGGGAUAUUCCCAAGGCUCUUCCCCCUUUUUCCUUCCUUCCUUUUUCCAUAUUUUUUUUUAAGGAAAAACUGAUUUUUCCCCCCUCUGGAAUUGCCUUAUCCCGGGAAUCUGCAGCUCAAGGGCUCUCAGCAAUUCCCACCUGGAUUUUCCAACAUUCCCAGAGGGGAAUUCGGGGAAAAAUUCCGGGAAUUUUCCCUUUUUUCCCUUGGAAUUUUUGUCUAUAUUAGACAAAUUCCCUGCCAAUCCCAUUUUAUUCCCAUUUUUUAUCAGAUUAGGGGAGAAAACUGCCCCAAUUUUCCAAAGUUUUUCCCAAUUUUCCCAGUUUUUUUCUCCAAUUUUCCCAAUUUUUUCCCCCAAUUUUCCCAAUUUUUUCCCAUUUUUUUCCCAAUUUUUCCCAAUUUUUUUUCCCAAGUUUCCCAAUUUUUUUCCCCAA